GUGCGCCGGUGCGCGCCUCCGCAGCCCGGCGUGAGCCCCGCGACAUCGAGGCCGAGCGGGGGCAGGGGGCUGACCGUCAUGAACCCCCGGAGCCCCGCGUGAGCGGGCCGAGUUCCUCACAGUUCUCUGGAUUACCACACAGAACCCCAUUUUGAAGAGAAGAAAACUGAGGUGUAAAAGUUUGAGGCCGGCCCAGGUUGACCUUGCUCAGAAGUGGCAGAGUUGGGGUUUGGACCCAGGCGGUCUUACUCUUGCCUGUGCUCUGACACCGCAUAUUCUGCCUUGCUGAGUGGGGGCGCUUGAGCAGGAAGGAGCCAGACCCUCUCUUCGCUCAGAUGUGGUGAUCUGCCAGUACGUGCUGUGGCUUCCCUCUGUGAGUUGCCCCAUCCUCUGUGCCCCUCCACACCACCACUGGGCACCAUGUCGACUUCAUCGCUACGUCGUCAGAUGAAGAAUAUCGUCCACAACUACUCAGAGGCAGAGAUCAAGGUCCGAGAGGCCACAAGCAAUGACCCCUGGGGCCCAUCCAGCUCUCUCAUGUCAGAGAUUGCUGACCUUACCUACAAUGUUGUGGCCUUCUCGGAGAUCAUGAGCAUGAUCUGGAAGCGGCUCAAUGACCACGGCAAGAACUGGCGGCAUGUCUACAAGGCCAUGACGCUGAUGGAGUACCUCAUCAAGACUGGCUCAGAGCGAGUGUCCCAGCAGUGUAAGGAGAACAUGUAUGCUGUGCAGACACUGAAGGAUUUCCAGUAUGUGGACCGUGACGGCAAGGACCAGGGUGUGAAUGUGCGGGAGAAGGCCAAGCAGCUUGUAGCCCUGCUUCGUGAUGAGGACCGGUUGCGGGAGGAGCGAGCCCACGCGCUCAAGACCAAGGAGAAGCUGGCACAGACUGCCACUGCCUCCUCAGCAGCAGUGGGCUCAGGGCCCCCGCCUGAGGCAGAGCAGGCCUGGCCACAGAGCAGCGGGGAAGAGGAGCUGCAACUCCAGCUGGCCCUGGCCAUGAGCAAGGAGGAAGCUGACCAGCCCCCGUCCUGCGGCCCCGAGGAUGACGUCCAGCUCCAGCUGGCCCUUAGUUUGAGCCGAGAGGAGCACGAUAAGGAAGAGCGGAUCCGUCGAGGGGACGACCUGAGGCUGCAGAUGGCGAUAGAGGAGAGCAAGAGGGAGACUGGGGGCAAGGAGGAGUCAUCCCUUAUGGAUCUUGCUGAUGUCUUCACGGCCCCAGCCCCUCCACCAGCCUCCGACCCCUGGGGAGGGCCAGCAUCCAUGGCCACUGCUGUCACUGCUGCUGCCCCUGCCUCAGACCCCUGGGGGGGACCUUCUGUCCCUCCAGCUGCUGAUCCCUGGGGUGGUCCAGCCCCCACUCCAGCCUCUGGGGACCCCUGGAGGCCUGCGGCCCCUGCGGGGUCCUCAGUUGACCCUUGGGGUGGGACCCCAGCCCCUGCGGCUGGAGAGGGGCCUACGUCUGACCCAUGGGGAAGCUCUGAUGGUGGGGCCCCAGUCAGUGGACCUCAAGCUUCUGAUCCCUGGGCACCAGCACCAGCUUUCUCAGACCCCUGGGGGGGUUCACCUGCCAAGCCCAGCACCAAUGGCACUGCAGUUGGCGGCUUUGAUACGGAGCCUGAUGAAUUCUCAGACUUUGACCGACUCCGCAUGGCCCUGCCAACCUCUGGCAGUAGUACAGGGGAGCUGGAGCUGCUUGCAGGAGAGGUGCCUGCCCGUAGCCCUGGUGCAUUCGACAUGAGUGGAGUUGGGGGGUCUCUGGCUGAGGCUGUGGGGAGCCCCCCACCUGCCACCACCCCUACCCCCACACCUCCCACACGGAAGACGCCAGAGUCAUUCUUGGGGCCCAAUGCAGCCCUUGUCGAUCUGGACUCACUGGUGAGCCGGCCGGGCCCCACACCGCCAGGAGCCAAGGCCUCCAACCCCUUCCUUCCAAGUGGAGCUCCAGCCACUGGCCCCUCCAUCACCAAUCCCUUCCAGCCAACACCCCCUGCAACGCUCACCCUGAACCAGCUCCGUCUCAGCCCUGUGCCCCCAGUCCCUGGAGCGCCACCCACCUACAUCUCUCCCCUUGGUGGGGGCCCUGGCUUGCCCCCCAUGAUGCCCCCAGGUCCCCCAGCGCCCAACACUAACCCCUUCCUCCUAUAAUCCAGGAUGGGAUGGAGGCUGGGGCCCCUGGCUUCCACCAUUCCUGCUCCCUGGGAGAUCAGUGUUGUGAGUGCAUGUGAAAUGGGGACCCUACCCCCAGUGCCUCCCCCUCCUGGGGCCCACUCACACUACGUCCUCUUUCCAUGUCCCCAGCUCACCUCCCCCAAGAGAAACUGGACAUGGGGGAUGGGAAGGGAGGGGGUCAGCCGGAGGAGGACCCUUUUCCGUGGCAUUAGAAGGGGGAGGGACAGCUGGGGUCCCCCCCCCAAUCCAUUUCCCCUUUCUCCAAACUCCUCACUCUCCCAAAUCAGUGUUGGAGCCUCCCUGUGCCCUUUGGACCCCUUGGUGAAUCCCUAGUGAUGAUUUUGGCAACUUCGGGAAUAAAUGGCAAUUCUCA